CACUUCUGAUGUUUAACGAAGAAGAAGAAAGUCUCAGACUGUCCUCUUGUUGGUGGUUUCACUCUCUUUAACAAUGUGGCUUUAUAAUUUUUUGCUGGGCUUUGACCUCAAGGGGAUAUUCCUGUUUAUUUUUAUUUUCAUCCUAAUAGCAGAGUUUAUCAAAAACAGGAAUCCUCCAAAUUAUCCUCCAGGACCAAUGGCUCUUCCCUUCUUCGGGAACAUCUUCAGUGUGGACGAUAAACAUCCACACAUUUCUUUUACCAAGCUGGCUGAUGUUUAUGGGAAUCUGUUCAGUCUCCGCCUUGGUAGUAACAAGAUGGUGGUUGUGUCUGGGUACAAGAUGGUGAAGGAAGCCAUAGUGACACAAGCCGAGAACUUUGUGGAUCGGCCAUACAGUGCAAUCACUGACAGGUUUUAUUCAGGAGACUCAGGUGGUCUGUUCAUGAGCAAUGGUGAAACAUGGAAGAAACAGCGGCGCUUUGCCUUGUCUACCUUAC